AUGGCUGUCAUAAACACGAUGAAUCACGCCAUAAACAGGGCAAACCCAGAGAACCGUGACAUGCCUGACCCAGCGUACAAAAACCUCUUGCAGCCAAUUCCUCCUUGCGAGGAGUUUAGUGUAAGGAAGCCCUGCUAUGACUUUGUUUGGAGUGGCGAGUCAUCGGACUCCAAACGUAGGAUUCAACGCAUUAUUGACGCUAUUAUGGCUAAUAAUCCAGGUCGACCCAUUCCACCCUCCAAGGUUAAAUCGUUCAAAAAUCAAAAUGAAACAGAUGCAUGGUUCCUUAACAACCCUGCAGUUAGCCCAGGAGCACUGCAUCUGGUUGACAGAAACACUACAGUCAUCAGCUAUGGAAUUCAGCCCAACUCCUCAGUGGUAUAUAUAAUUCCAUCUCAAGAAACCUUUCUUAAAUUCCAAAUUCCCCUUCAGAUUGCAGCAGAACGAGAAAUUGCUCGAACCCUUGUUGGAGAUCAGAAUUUCAACUGGACUGUUGGCUUGAAGCCAUUUGCUCACCCUGCCGCCAAGAAUUCUCAGGGUGAGAUAUUUUUGUAUCUUGGAAAAUUAUGUUUGCUGCUGAUCAGCAUGCAAGUUUUCCAAAAUCAAUUGAGCAACUUGAUCAUAGAGAAAGAACAAAAACUACGUCAAGCAAUGAAUAUCAUGGGGCUUUAUGAUACUGCCUACUGGCUUUCCUGGCUCGCAUGGGAGAUUAUAAUGACGUUCCUUGUUUCAUUAUUCACAAUGCUCAUAGGGUUGCGUUUUCGAUUUAGAUUCUUCACGCGCAAUAAUUUUCUAGUUCUCUUUCUUGCAAUGUACCUUAACCUACUUAGUAUGCGGCCAAGAUUUCUUUUGAUGUGGCCCCUUCGGGCUUCUUUGGAGUGCAUUGUCACUGCUUCGGGGCCUGGUUUUGGUGAUUGGCAAUGGCGACUUGCCACCUUACCUUUUGCUUAUGGUGGAUUGGGUGUUUAUUCAGCAGGUAAUAUUCGGCACUAUGCUUUCCUUGCGUCGCGUUUGCAGUCUACUGGUCUUCAGGCUACGCUUCUUCGCAAUUCAGGUAUUGUUGGUCCGGGACCGGCCUUCGAUGAUGCUUUUAGUCUUUUUCAGAGGACUGUGGAGACUGACCUUAUGAAUAUAUAUUUCACGAAGGAUACUGCAUCUGCAACAUCCACUUUCUCCUUAUCUCCGCGUCAAGUUGCCUUAUGGAAGUCCCAGCAGGGGGAUCACUCUUCUGCCUGGUUACGGGCGGUCCCAAUAUCGGGGUUGGGUCAGACUAUGAAUGGUAAGGCUUACCGUUCUGUUCUUUGCUACCGGUUGGGUGUUCCUUUGUUCUCCGUUUCGACGUCGUGUUCUGCUUGCUCAAGGUCUGGGAUUUCUGCAAGAAAGGAGGUUAAUGUUGGGUUGAGUGGAGGGAACGAUGGGACUCUUCGACCUGCAGAUGUGUUGCUUUAUUCGUGGGACAGAUGCCUUGAUAUAUGUGUUGACUUGAUGGGGUCUUCUCCUUUAACACAGUCUGGGUUGUCUGACUUUGUUCCUGGUCGUGCUGUGUCGGCUACAGCUCAGCGGAAGCGGGACAAGUAUAGGGCGCGUUGCAUGGCAAUUGGCUAUGGUUUUCUUCCUUUCUCCUUUACUUCGUUGGGGGAAUUAGAUAAGGAUGUUGUUGCGUUUCUGAAGCGAAUUCAGGCGUUCACUAGGACUCGGGAUAUUGGUGCUCGUGCAGGUGCUGGAUCGGGGGGUUUUUCAUUAGUUCUUUCCAUAUCCGCUGCUAACCUCACCCCUUGUUAUACACCUAUACUAGACGAGCAUUGCCUUUUUGGUGUCUACAACUAUCAGCCAGUCACGCUCAGCAAACCAGGCAACGGUGUUUAUCUUUUUUGGUGGUUUCACCCUACAGGCAAGUCACUUCCCAUUUCUGUUUUUUUCCUGGCAAAAUACAUGCAAGAUGAGAAGAUAUUCAAAAUCAUCAAGCAUAUAUUGCCAUUUAUUCCCUUUGGCAGAGCAGUUGAUAUGCUUACGACAGCUUCAAGCAGUGAUCCAGGGAUGAGCUGGAAGGGACGGAAUAAUUGUCCUCAAGAUCCAGAUGAAGUACAACAAGAAUGUGACUUCACAAUGGAUGGCAUAUACAUUAGGCUCAUAGGAGCCUUCUUUUUGUGGCUUCUCGUGGCAUUAUAUCUUGACAACAUACUUCCAAGUGAGAACGGUAUACCCAAGUCACCAUUUUACUUUCUGAACCCAGGAUAUUGGACAGGAAGAGGAGGGUUUGAGGCACUCGAAAGUGGCAUUUUUGGCCGUACAAGUUGGCUUCCAAAACCUGAGAUGAUCAUGCCAGAUGAUGAAGAUGUCCUUAAAGAAGAAAACAAGAUAAAAAAAUUUAUGGAUGAUGGUAAGGUGGAUCCAGAUGUAGCUGUUCAGAUACGCGGUCUUGUCAAGACUUACCCAGGAAAACUGGAUAAGAAGUUAGAGAUAUCUCCUCCAUUCCAUUCUGUCAAGGGCUUAUGGGUCAACUUCCCUAAAGAUCAGCUCUUUUGCCUCCUGGGGCAUAAUGGGGCUGGAAAGACCACAACUAUCAGCUGCUUGACUGGUAUAACACCAGUGAGUGGAGGGGACGCAUUAAUCUAUGAUCAUUCCGUUCGAAGUUCUGUUGGAAUGUCCAAUAUCCGAAAAAUUAUAGGAGUAUGUCCUCAGUUUGAUAUCCUCUGGAGUGUAUUAAGUGGUGAAGAGCACCUUGAUCUUUUUUGCAACAUAAAAGGCCUAAAUCCUGAUUCCAUCCCAACAAUUGUUCACAAAUUACUAGAAGAUGUGCAGCUGGCUAAAUCAGCUAAAGUCCGGUCUGGUAGUUAUAGUGGAGGGAUGAGAAGACGUCUCAGUGUUGCAGCAGCCCUUAUUGGUGACCCAAAGUUGGUGAUUCUUGAUGAACCGACUACUGGUAUGGAUCCACUAACUAGAAGACAUGUCUGGGACAUCAUAGAAAGUUCAAAAAGAGGGCGAGCCAUUGUUCUAACAACUCACUCAAUGGAAGAAGCAGAUGUUCUAAGUGAUCGUAUAGGGAUCAUGGCAAAAGGAAGACUACGUUGUAUAGGAACACCAAUUCGAUUAAAAAUGCGAUUUGGGACAGGCUUUGUUGCUAAUAUGAACUUUGACAAAAAUGUAGGCGAAACAGGUAACAGAAGUCGAGAGGAGUUGAAGCAGUUGUUUAAAAGGCAAUUGGAUGUUGAGCCCAUGGAGGAGAAUAAAUUAUAUACUACCUACGUAAUUCCCCAUGAAAAAGAGCCACUAUUAAAGAAAGCUUUUGGUGAGGUCCAAGAUAGACAAAGUGAAUUUGGUAUAACAGAUAUCCAGCUUGGACUUGCAACUCUAGAAGAAGUUUUUCUUAAUAUUGCUAAACAGGAAGAGAUGGAAAGUGCUGCAUCAGAGGAAAGAUUCGUAACUCUGAGUCUGACAUCUGGUGCCUCGAUACAGAUACCCAUGGGAGCAAGGUUUGUUGGAAUCCCAGGAACAGAGUCUGCUGAGAAUCCACAGGGAGCUAUGGUGGAAGUGUACUGGGGAGAAGAUGAUUCAGGUGCUCCUGAAAUAUUGGGCCACUCACCCGAGAAGCCUAUACCUUCUGGCCUAAAUUUAAAUAUCCCCAAGUCAACAGCUACAGAACUUCAAGGAAUUGUCAUUCAUCCUAGCCAAGUUUCUGAUGUAUCUUUUACCUAGUUAUGUAGUCAGAUUUCCUAUUUAGCUUUGAAAAUUAACUCAAUCUUAUCAAACAAGAACAUUUGUAUGCAAUUUUGUCAUAUGUUUGAAAACAGAAAAUAGAUAAGAGGGUUAGAAGAUAGUAUCUU